AUGAAUAUCACCUCCGUCGCCUUCCACAGUGAAGGCAAAUGGCUGGUCCCGGGAAGCGAUGAUCAAAAUCUGGGAACUUCCAAGGAACUUCGAUGGAUGAAGAGCACCCCACGAGCUUGGAGCGGCGCCAUUGCGUACAUGCGUACCCAAAAGCCUUGCAAAAGCCCAAACGUGUCACUGGGUUCAUCCUGUUUGAGUGUGUUCUGGGGUUGGGGCUCGAGUUGGAUUUCUGCCACCGCCAUUCGCAUUGGAGGACACACGACAAUACAGAAGAACGACAAUACAGAAGACAAGGCAUCAUCGUCUAUGCUCGUCGCUUUUCCAGCACCUGUUCUUUCCGUCACGGCGGACGCUGUUAGGGAGCUUGAAGGAAGCGAGGCUUUGUCUGGCUUGUGGACGUUAUUCACGAAAUGCAAAGAAUCACUCAAAGACGGGCAUAGACUCGAGAACAUCUCUGGGAGGCUUUGGUAUCGCGAAUUGAUGCCGGCCGUCGAGAGAGAUGGAGAUGGAGAUUAUCGUCCGCUUACCUCGACUUUGGAUAUGGAUGAGAGGGCAUCCCUGCCACUUAUACCCAUGCACCGGUCCAUCCCACUCAUUCGCAAGCAGUCUACAAUACGGAGAUCCGGCUCCGUUAACCAGGGAACUUUGAUGAGCGUUGGGAAGGGUUACUGUGACAUGUUACCCCCACCCAACAACUCCCCUACAAGGAGCGGCAUUGCGACGCUUUCGAUAUCGCCCGCUACCAGCCCCACAGAUGCUGAACCCCGCUCGGUCAGGUACAACUUAUCCAUUCUACACCCCCCUUCCUCUCCCAGAGCCAACAACGACGAGGGAGACGGUCAUUUCUCCUGCCGAGUUGUUACCUACGCCUGCUGGGAGGAUGUUGCGGGCGGUUACGUGCCUUCUGGGACGGUUGCAGAGUCUUCUAUGAUUGGAGGCUCGACAGCAACAACGCAAGUAUUGCCCUCUUAUGUCGCUGGCCAUCCAUCUCCGUCAUUAUCAGAUGUUGCCUCUGCACAAACAUCUUUGUUAUCCUCAUCAAUUCUGCCGUUGGUAUCCCAACCGCCUUCUUCCACCAUCUCUCCCCUGCCCUCGUCAACAUCGGCCAUCCCGUCAACAUCAACAUCGACAUCAACCCAAAUAUCAACCAACCCCACACACACCGCCGCCACCAACGCUAUUGAGAUGCUCGUGAGGGCGUCGGGAGAGGGUCGAAUGUCGGCGGGUGAGGUUCGCGUUGAGGCUCGAGCGAAAGUGGAUGUGUGCAAAGACGAGGUUGAGGCUCGGAUACGCAAAGACAACCAUGCUCAGUUUGAUGACCAGGACGCAGACGAAGACGAAGAUGCAGAGUCGAAUAGCAGCAAACCGUGUCAACACCAUCAGAAAUACAACUCGACUUCUUCGACGAGCUCAUGCGCCUCUUCGUCCGUGUCGGUGUUGACGGGUACGACAGGGGUUGCUGGUCAAACUGCUACAAAUACAACGCGGCGGAGGACCACCUCCGUGGGGUGCGCGAUCCCUGAAGUGAAUGGCAUCAAGCCAUUGCGCCGUUUCUGGAGACGCCCGCACUUGGAAGGACACCAGAGGGCAUGGCGUCCUUCUUGGCGCUUGACAAAGGGCUUUCUGUGGGAGACGAAAAGGUGUUGGAGCAGUUGGCGAGUUUCACGGAUCCUGCUAGCCCCAUGGAUUCUUCGUCACGACCGUCGAAACGCGCGAGAUUGGAGGAGGGCGAGGAUGAAGACACAUAGUUAUGGUGGAACGCCUUACCGGGACAAACCCAAAGUCGCUGUUGAGCGUGAGGAAUGCGAAUAUCAAGACGAUGAAGAAGCCGCCGUUCUCUUCCUGCAUUUGUCUUUCUUAUCGUCAUUCAAUCCUUCUUUCCCCCAUCGUGUUCCUCUCGGCCUCUCUCAUUCCCCAUUUCCGUACUUCGAUGUGGGGAAGGGUGGUGUUAAGCUGAACCUGGUGAAGGUGGAUUGGAGCUGA